ACGUAGAGGGCGCCGUGCGCGCUGAUUGGUCCGAUUUGAACCGCCGCCACGCGCGCUCGCCGGCCGCGCGGGCACCGAAGCGGCAGCGACCGCGGCAUCACCGGGCCCGGCCCCACCGCGACAUGAAAGCGGCAAGGACCAAGACGCCGCGGCGACCUGCGCCGAAGAAGCCGUCGAACCCCAUCCCGAAGGAUCCCGUGGGGGUGUACUGCAGAGUGCGGCCGCUCAGCCACCCGGACCAGGAGCGCUGCAUCGAGGUGAUCAGUGAGACCACUGUGCAGAUCCACCCACCCGACAGAUACAGGACAGCUCGCAAUGGGGAAUACCGAGAGAUGCAGUAUUCAUUCAAAGAAGUGUUUGGCACCCUUGUUGUUCAGAAGGAGCUUUUUGAUGUGGUAGCUAAGCCUCUAGUGGAAGAUCUCAUCCAUGGGAAAAAUGGUCUCCUUUUUACGUAUGGCGUGACAGGCAGUGGGAAAACACACACCAUGACAGGAUCUCCUGGUGAUGGAGGACUUCUCCCACGGUGUUUGGAUAUGAUCUUCAACAGCAUAGGACCAUUCCAGGCCAAGCGAUUUGUUUUUAAGCUUGAUGACAAGAAUGGUGUGGAUGUUCAGUGUGAAGUGGAUGCUCUGUUAGAGCGCCAGAAAAGAGAUGCCAUGCCCGUUCUGAAAACUCCAUCUGGCACGCAAAUAGAUCCAGAAUUUGCUGAUAUGAUCAAUGUGCAAGAACACUGCAAAGCAGAAGAAGUUGAUGAAGAUAAUGUCUACGCUGUCUUUGUCUCCUAUAUCGAGAUCUACAACAACUACAUCUAUGACCUGCUGGAGGAAGCUCCCUUUGAUCCUAUUAAACCCAAGUGGAACAAUUGCAACACUCCUGGGCGCAACGGUGACUUUAUACCUCCACAAUCCAAGAUACUUCGUGAGGACCAGAAUCACAACAUGUAUGUGGCAGGCUGCACAGAAGUAGAGGUGAAAUCUACAGAAGAAGCUUUUGAAGUGUUUUGGAGAGGUCAAAAGAAGAGGCGGAUUGCAAACACUCAGCUGAAUCGAGAAUCCAGUCGCUCUCACGGUGUUUUUAUAAUAAAGUUGGCUCAGGCACCCCUGGAUGCGGACGGAGAUAAUGUGCUCCAGGAGAAAGAACAGAUCACUUUAAGCCAGCUCUCUCUGGUUGAUCUGGCUGGAAGUGAAAGAACCAGCAGAACAAAAGCAGAAGGGAACAGGCUACGAGAAGCAGGUAAUAUUAAUCAGUCACUAAUGACAUUAAGAACAUGUAUUGAAGUUCUACGGGAAAACCAGAUGUAUGGCAUAAAUAAGAUGGUUCCAUACAGAGAUUCCAAACUGACUCAUCUCUUCAAGAACUAUUUCGAUGGUGAAGGAAAAGUGCGUAUGAUUGUGUGUGUUAAUCCUAAAGCUGAGGACUACGAGGAGAGCUUGCAAGUCAUGCGCUUUGCGGAGAUGACUCAGGAAGUUGAAGUCGCAAGACCCGUUGAUAGACCACUCUGUGGCUUAACACCAGGACGGCGCUUCAGGAAUCAGGCCUUCAGAGAAGAGCUGUCGCGGAAACUGGAGAUGCGAGGUGGCCCAAUAAAUGCAGAGAGAGAAGAGCAAGCUCUUUCAGAAAUGUUUCUGCAGAACUUCCCUCCGUUGCCUUUAUGUGAGCUACUGGAUGUUAAUGAUGAUGAAGCACUUCCAAAGCUUAUUGAAGUCCUGGGAAAACGCCAUAAAGCACGACAAAUGCUGUCAGAGGAGAUUGCCAAAACUUCGCAUGCACUUAUGACAGCGCUACAAGAAUUUGACUCCAGUGUCGUAUCCAAGGAAAACUAUAUGCAAGAAAAACUGUCAGAAAAAGAGAAAAUGCUAGCAGGGCAGAAAAUGGAGCUGGAACGCCGGGAGAAGAAAAUUAAAACUUUGGAAUACAAGAUUGAGAUUUUAGAAAAAACUGCCACAAUUUAUGAAGAAGACAAGCGGAAUCUUCAGCAAGAACUAGAAAGCCAGAGCCAGAAAUUGCAGCGUCAGGCUUCUGACAAGCGUAGGUUGGAGGCACGAUUGCAGGGCAUGGUGGCAGAAACGACCAUGAAAUGGGAGAAGGAGUGUGAGCGUCGCGUAGCAGCAAAGCAGCUGGAGAUGCAGAACAAACUUUGGGUCAAAGAUGAAAAGCUAAAGCAGCUGAAGGCCAUUGUUACUGAACCUAAAAAUGAAAAGCCAGAGAGGCCUUCACGAGAGAGAGACCGAGAGAAGCCUAUUCAGAGAUCAGUGUCUCCUCCACCAGUACCUUCUUCUAGUAACUGUAUUGCUCAGGUCUCUAACAGCCAGCGGCUCGUGAACAACCUGCAGGUGCACAGACGUUCUAAUUCUUGUAGCAGCAUUUCUGUGGCAUCCUGUGUUAUGGAAUGGGAGCAGAAAACCCCUUCGCACAAGCAUACCAGUGGCAAUUCUGUUGCGAGAAGUAGACAACAAGGACCAGAACAAAGUAGAGACUAUAACACUUCAGACAGAAGGAGAGGGAUGUGCUGGACUGCAGUCCCUGAGGUUUCCAGGCGUAGAGAUGAGCUAGAAAUAGAAGAGGAUCGAUGCUGCAGGAACGCACCUCCAGUUCGCCUCAGACACAGACGGUCACGCUCAGCUGGGGAGAGAUGGGUAGAUCAUAAGCCACCUUCUAAUCUGCCCACUGAGACAGUCAUGCAGCCCCAUGUCCCCCAUGCCAUCACAGUGGCGGCUGCAAGCGAAAAGGCACUAGCUAAGUGUGACAAGUACAUGCUGACACACCAGGAGCUUGCCUCUGAUGGGGAGAUUGAAACCAAACUCAUUAAGGGUGAUGUCUUCAAAACCAGGGGUGGUGGACAGGCCGUGCAGUUCACAGAAAUAGAGACCCUGAAGCAAGAAUCUCCGACAGGUCGAAAGCGAAGAUCAUCACCUUCCAAUUCUGACCCUCCUGGGGUUGCUGCAGACUCUGAAUGGACUGAUGUAGAAACCAGAUGUUCUGUGGCAGUGGAGAUGAGGGCGGGAUCAGCUCUCGGACCUGGAUAUCAGCAUCAUGCUCAGCCCAAACGAAGAAAGCCAUGACCUUAAUGUACUCCUGCAUUGGAAUCCUCUUGGUUUUUAUCAGACUGAUAUAUUGUCUGCUGUCAGUGAUAAACUGUUUCGUUAUCACUACAGGCUUAUAUUUUUAUCACAGGCUGCGCUGGGCGAUGGUUAAAUGGGAGCUACGCUCUUUUGUGACCCCAAAGACAUGUAUUAUGUGGGUGUAUAGAUCGUCAAUAGGUGCAGGGUGGUUCUGCCAUUGUCCUCUGGUCUUCUAGAGAACUCCUGCCUCAUGUGUAUGAAACUCUUGUUAUUAAGCCGUAUUUUUAUAGACUGAUGACACAAGGCUUUUGCCUUGUGUAUUUUGUCAACUUGUUUGUUUUAUAGAGUGCAAAAUACUUUUGGCCACUGCCCGUCCCUUGUCAGGGCCUCUGUUUUGAAGAGGUGUAAAUGCUGCUACUUGGUUAGAUGCAGGAUCGCACUUUAAGAGUGUUUCUAUGCCAUUUCAUAUUUUAUUAUAGCUAGCAACAGCUUGCUAAUAAGGAUUUCUUCUUUGAAGAAUUACCUUUCAUUAUUUAAUAUGCAAAUAAACAGUUUCAGUCUUCAACCCUUCAUAGUACUGAAGCAGGAAUACAGAGAUACCAGGAUACAGAAGAGUAAUGGUGACUGGACAUCAGACCUACUUUGUAGUGCAAGUAAAUCAAUGUUUUACACCUGUAGAUAUGGGGUGAGAGGGCAAUUUGCUCACAGAUGCAAUGCGACCUUUAUAUGUGUGGCUCUGCAAGUAUGUUAAAAUAAAUACUAUUAUUCCAUGGCUCUUGAAAACCAUG